UUAUCUAUAAAAGGUAAUGUAUAAUAGUGUUUUUUAUACAUUAAGUGAGUAAACUUUAUUUACGAUGAAGUUUAGACUCGCGCCUAUUUUUUUACUUGCAAUAACAACUGGUGUACUGGCGACAGAUAUAACAAUAAAUGAAGCGCCCUAUCAAGUCAGUAUUCAAAUCCACGGCAUCCAUUACUGCAGCGGUGCAAUAAUCAGUAUUAAUUGGGUCAUUACAUCAGCGCAGUGUUUAAAAAAUAUUGUUUUGAAUUUUCCAUACUCAACGAUACGAGCCGGGGCUACAAGUACUCAGCGCAAUGGUUCUGUUCACAGAAUUAAUACUUAUAAAUUGCAUGACUCAUUUGAGCUUAGUAACGCAAACAUACCAUUGAAUGAUAUUGGACUCAUUAAAAUCGCUGAUUAUUUUAAUUUUGACAGUACACGUCAGCCAAUUAGAAUAAUAAAUCCUUACGAUCCAACAGUACAUGAAUCAUACAAUGUUACUGGUUGGGAUAUAAAUUAUAAUAAUAAUGAUAAUAAUGAUACUGAUGUAUCUGCUGGUUUGAAAAAACAACAAUGGCUACAAAUUGAUAAUUCCAAGUGCAGUGAAUAUUACUUUUUUUGGAAUACAAUCAAAGAUAACAUUGUCUGCGCAGUCAGUGAAGGGGAUAUCGGAAAUACGUGCGCUAUUGGCGACCUUGGUGACCCACUCAUUAUUGAUGGAUAUCUUUUAGGUGUUAAAUCAUGGAAAAUGAAUUGUGAUCUAUAUUCACAUUCGCCGACUCUAUUUACUAAUGUCCUUUAUUAUUAUGAUUGGAUUACAUUACAAGUGGGGUAUAUCAUGAAUCUAUUACAGGCAGCAAGUGAGGAUUACACUACAGAUAUAUACGAAUGAUAUUUAAACAUAUAUGUUAUUGUUAUAUAUUUAUAUAUAACAUAUAUCUAAUUGGUUAAAUAAAUUUAUUAACACCCAA